AUGGCAGCAUGGCUUGACCUCGUCCCGGAUGUCAAAGGAUGGUCUUUGAUUGACACUGGUAGAUUGCAAGAGAUUCUUCAGGAUAUGAGCCACCCUGAGUCGCAAUUCCCCUCUUUCAUUUACUUUGCCGGUAACGGCCACCGGAUGAAAGCCCUCCGAGCACUGUUUACUCAAAAUAAUGUGACGCGAAAAGGACCAGCCGGACUGGUCCGGCUCCAUGUUAGCCCAGCAACUGUCCGUACCGAAAGCCCUAUCAUAUUUGCCGAAAGUAACCUUGGUAACCGGACUGGGCUUGGGGCUACGUCUGUUUGUGGGCAAUCUAUUACGAACUCUCGACGCUGGCCUAUCCAUCAUGCUUUGCCACAUGAAUUUGAGGACCUUGAACGUGCAGUGAUCAGGAAGCUCCUCUUUCCGUGGACGGAUAUCUUUUGUACCUUUGUGGAUUCACUUUCUGAAAUUGAGAAUUUAAAAAUGCUCUUUCAAAAUCCAAGAGAAAAAUUAGUAGUAGGUGGACAAGAGGUUCCAGAAACGAUGCGCAUGAUUAUUGUCCUGGAUGAGUCCCCUACUCGAAAUCAAGGUUUUUUCACUUGCAGAGGAUCAAUAUUUUGUUCGAGGCCCAAAGCUAGGGACAUACUCAGUUGUGUCUCCACCGAGAUUCCAGGUGGCAAAUUCCAGACCAGUCGUGGUCAUCAGCUCGGCUCUUUGCAAGAUGACGACGGCUGUGAUCUAUGUGGGUACUAUCGGAAAAAAGUAUCUUUCUCCGUUGCGAGCCUGGAUGAAGAGAUUACCCUUGGAAUUGCCAACGAUCAAAUAUACCACAAAAUUGGAGGCUUCCCGAAGUCGGUGUACGGGAUCCUUCAGGCGCAACAGGCUUUCGCUUAUUUCGGUCGCUCUGAUCACUCGGAAGUUUCCUGGCCGCCGAAAAGAUUUUGCUAUUGCUGUCAAAGGACCAGGAAGCGUGUUCAUUUCAUGGAGCCAGCCCUGGAAUUGAAACGACGACGGUUGUGA